AUCAACGAUGAUUACCUCCAAAUCUAUAGCUCUAACAAUAAUCUUCCUAUCAUAUUUUGUGUCUUGUGUCUCAAGUCAACGAGAAACUAAGUUUCUUAACCAUGGCUUUCUCGGAGCUAAUCUCCUCAACUUAGGCUCUUCCAAGGUUCACCCAAGUGGCCUCUUGGAGUUGACAAACACUUCGAUGAGGCAAAUAGGUCAAGCUUUUCAUGGCUUUCCCAUGCCCUUGUCAAACCCUAACUCCACAAAUUCUCUUUCUUUCUCCACAAGCUUCGUCUUUGCCAUCACUCAAGGAACCGGCGCACCAGGCCACGGCUUAGCUUUCGUCAUUUCACCAACGAUGGACUUCAGUGGGGCUUUUCCCAGCAAUUAUCUCGGCCUCUUCAACACCUCCAACAAUGGAAACUCCUUGAAUCGCAUUCUUGCAGUUGAAUUUGACACCGUGCAAGCGGUUGAGUUGAAUGAUAUCGAUGAUAAUCAUGUUGGUAUCGAUUUAAACGGAGUGGUCUCCAUUGAGUCUGCACCGGCUGCAUAUUUUGAUGAUCGAGAGGCCAAGAACAGAAGCUUGAGGCUGGCGAGUGGGAAACCCAUUAGAGUCUGGAUUGAAUACAACGCAACUGAGAUAAUGCUCAAUGUCACAUUGGCUCCUCUAGAUCGUCCGAAGCCAAGUAUACCUCUUCUCUCGAGAAAACUGAAUCUUUCUGGGAUUUUAUCUCAAGAACAUCACGUUGGAUUCUCUGCGGCCACGGGAACGGUAGCGAGCUCACAUUUGGUUCUAGGUUGGAGCUUUAACAUCGAGGGGAAAGAAUCAGACUUCGAUAUCACGAAGCUUCCUUCACUUCCAGACCCGCCACCAACAUUGUCUCCAUCCCCAAGUCCUCCGGUUUCAGCCAAUAAGAAGUCGAGCAACACGAUGCUGAUCAUAAUCGUGGCUGCAUCAGCAACGGUUGCAAUCAUGAUCCUAAUCUUCUUAGCAUUUUGGUUCUUCCGUAGAGACAAAAUAUUCUUCACCGGAGGUGCAAGGAAAUUUUCCUACCAAACAAUUUCCAGCGCAACGGGAGGUUUUGACAGCUCUAAACUCUUGGGAGAGAGAAACUCUGGAAGUGUCUACAAAGGUCAGCUUACUCCCACAGAGAUAAUCGCCGUGAAGAGAAUAACUUGCACCACAAGGCAACAAAAGACAACCCUAAUAGCCGAGAUCGAUGCAAUUUCCAAGGUAAAACAAAGAAAUCUUGUUGAUCUGCAUGGUUAUUGCAGCAAAGGAAACGAGAUCUAUCUAGUUUACGAGUAUGUCCACAACGGAAGCCUAGACCGGUUCUUGUUCAGCAACGACCGCCCUGUUCUCACCUGGUCAGACCGGUUCUGUAUCAUAAAGGGCAUUGCGUCAGCACUUCAACACCUUCACGGUGAGGGACAAAAACCUCUUAUCCACGGAAACGUCAAAGCCAGCAACGUACUCUUAGACGAAGAGCUAAACGCUCGACUAGGAGACUAUGGACACGGAAGCAGACACAGCACCACGGGACAUGUGGCACCAGAACUAGUCAACACGGGAAAGGCUACACGUGACACAGAUGUUUUUGAGUUUGGAGUGUUAAUGAUGGAGAUUGUUUGUGGAAGAAAAGCUAUAGAACCGACAAAGCCACCAAAAGAGAUCAGUUUAAUUAAUUGGGUUCUUCGAGGACUGAAGAAAGGAUACAUGAAAGGCUAUUUGUUAAAGAGAUGCGACAAAAGAAUCAAUACAAAGGAUUUGGUGUUUAAGGAAAUGUUGUUGGUUCUGAAAACAGGACUUCUCUGCGUGAGACGAUGUCCAGAAGCUAGGCCAAUGAUGAAGACAGUGUUGCAGUAUCUCAACGGUACAGAACGUCUCCCUCAUGACGACUACGUCGCCUUUGGAGUCUAAAAGAGGAAAUUCCAAACGAUGAUCUCAAAACGCGGUUGUAUUGAUGCGUUCGCGUUUGGGGUAGUGUGGAUUAUAGAUUAGACCAAGACGCAUAAGCAUGCAUGACCUAAAUAUAACCUAGAGUAGAAUGGUAUAUAUACACAAUUUGUAUAUUUAAAAUAUGAAUUUUUGGUUUUGAGAAAUAUUCUUGUCGAUUGACAAUCUUCAUACUCGUCCGGGGAAAUUAAUAUUU